GGGGCGGGCGCCUGGGAGUGCGGGCCCCGCGGGGCGGCCAUGGAGUGAGGCGGCGCGCGGACUCGCGCUGGGACUGACCGACUGACUGACCGACGGGCGGCCCCGGGCUGCGCGUGCUGGAAGAUGAACAGAGCAGAUUCACCAAAACCACCAGUUGCUCCCAAGCCAAAGACUGCCAGUCCCCUCACACCAGUGACAGCACCCAAAUUCCCUUCAUCACCCCGGCCCGAUAGCCUUCCCAGUCCCAACUCCAUGUCUAGGGGGCCGAAACCCCCCAUUGCCCCUAAGCCCAGGCUGGCGACCCCCAGUGAGUGGAGAGCCAGCGUGUACGUGAUCAACAGCUUGAACAAAUGCAGCAACGGGAAGGUGCUCUGUGUUGACAGGGGGCCUUACGAAGAGCGCCAGUCCAACUUGGAGUGCUCGGAGUCUGAGGCUGACGAGGAUUACAUUGUGGUCCCCAGGGCUCCGCCGAAAGAGGACGAACCCAGGGACAGCAGCUGCUCUGCAGAGAGUGCUGCCAUGGCGCCUCCAGAUGCCACGGGGGAAGAGGAGUGCAGGGAGGAAGGCGAGGAGAGUGACCCGGAGGGGCUGGGAGCUGCUCCAGCUGAAGUGGUGCUGAGUAGAGAGGCUGACGGAGGCGGGGCCCCCACUCCUGAGAACGUGGAGGCAGAGGAUGGUGCCUGUGACCCUGGGGCAGAGGAGCAGACAUUGACAAGUGAGGAGGAAGAGAAGCGAGUGGAAGAGCACAACGUAUACAACCUGGAGGACAGGGGACCUUGGGACGGAGAGGCAGUCCUCCCAAGCGAUGACGUCAUUCUCACUCACGUUGAUUUAGAGGGUCCAGAAACUCCCAGUGAGGAGCCUGGGCCCCCUGGGACACCCAGGGAGGCAGAGGAGGGUGGUGGGGAAGGCUCCACCAACACAGAACCAGGGGCUCCAGAAGAAUGUGUGGAUUCCGACAGGCCCUCUGACGGGGACGCUGACGAUGCCAGCAAGGAACCCACAGAGAAUGAGGACUUGGCCGUGGGUGUCCAGGAGGCAGAGACAACCACUGAUAGCCCUGAAAUCUCUGAGGAGUGUGAGUGUGAAGAUGACCAUGAUGACCAGGAUGAACCACAGGACCAAAAUGAGAAAACUGGCCAAGAAGAAAUGGCAGCCGUCACCCAGGAGGUGGGAGAAGACCCCCGAGAAGGCAGAGACCUGGUGCAGGACGAACCUGCUGAGGAGAGCUGCCAGAUCAUUCCUUUCGAGAGUGACAGUGUGGAUGACUUUGUGACGUCACUCUCGGGAAGUCCCUACGAGUUCUUUCCAACCGAGAGCACCUCUUUCUGUAGCGAGAGCUGCUCUUCUUUUUCCAAGUCAGCAAAAGGCUUAGAGUCCGAGCAGGAACCACAGUCAGGAGAAUGUGCAGAGCAGGGCCCCGUUGUUGGAGCUUCCUGUGUCUCUGGGGAGGGCCCCUCUGUCCCUGAGGUAGUGGUUAUGCCAGAGGAUGAGGACGCCGGGGACGAUGCACUCACCAACCCCUAUGAGAUGGGAGUUGACCUGGAGCAUGAGGCUGACCCUGGGGAAGGAGAGAAGCCGGAGACACAGGCUGCAUGUGACACGCUGAGUGGUUAUGGCAUGAAAGAAGAAAUGAACUCCGAUGCUGAGGGAGGCCUGGUCCCCCUCGACAGGAAGAACAUCAUCACGAGGGCCAGGCCCCACUCUGGGAAGGUGGCCGGCUAUGUCCCAGAAACCGUCCCAGAAGAAACCGGACCAGAAGCUGGCUCAUCAGCCAUUGGCAUUAGAGGUGCCACCAAGGAGGCGAGAAAGACAGUUCUGUCGUUGGAGGGGAAACCGCUGGAAGCCAGCAGGGCCUUGCCAGCAAAGCCCAGAGCCUUCACUUUGUACCCCCGAUCGUUCUCCGUGGAAGGCCGAGAGAUUCCGGUCUCCUUGUACCGGGAGUCGGAGGCAUCUGGCUUGGACGAGCAUAGGAUCAAAAGGAAAGAUGACAACCUUUCUCUGCCCUGUGUGAUCGGCUCCUCUGGGAGCUUCUCCCAGAGGAACCAUCUCCCAUCCAGUGGCACCUCAACACCCUCUUCUGUGGUUGACAUCCCGCCCCCUUUCGACCUGGCCUGCAUCACCAAAAAGCCCAUCACAAAGAGCUCUCCCUCCCUGCUGAUCGAGAGUGAGCCCCCGGACAAGUAUACCAAGAAGAAGAAGUCAUCCUUCAAGCGGUUCCUGGCGCUUACGUUUAAAAAGAAGUCCGAGAACAAAGUGCACGUGGAUGUCAAUGUGUCGUCUUCCAGGUCCUCUUCAGAAUCCAGCUACCAUGGGCCUGCCAGGCUUCUGGAAAUCGACCGCAGGAGCCUCAGCAACUCCCCGCAGCUUAAGGCUCGGACUGGCAAGCUCCGGGCUUCCGAAUCGCCCUCCUCCCUCAUCUUCUACAGGGAUGGCAAGAGGAAAGGUGUCCCCUUCAGCAGGACCGUGUCGAGAGUGGAGUCCUUCGAAGACCGCUCUCGGCCCCCCUUUCUGCCCUUGCCCCUGACCAAGCCGCGGUCCAUCUCGUUCCCUAACGCCGACACUUCAGACUAUGAGAACAUUCCAGCCAUGAACUCGGACUAUGAAAAUAUCCAGAUUCCGCCCCGGAGGCCUGCGAGGGCUGGGACAUUUACGAAGCUGUUUGAAGAUCAGAGCAGAGCCCUGUCCACAGCAAAUGAAAACGACGGCUACGUGGACAUGAGCAGCUUCAACGCCUUUGAGAGCAAACAGCAGAGCGCAGACCAAGAUGCAGAAAGCGCCUACACAGAGCCCUAUAAGGUCUGUCCCAUCUCGUCAGCGGCCCCCAAAGAGGACCUCUCAUCGGAUGAAGAGCAGGGAAGCUCAGAGGAGGAGGACAGUGCUCCAAGAGACCCCAGCCUCACCCACAAGGUAGAAGGACAGUCCAGAGCCCAUGUCAUCGCACAGGAACUGCUGUCUUCAGAGAAAGCAUACGUGGAGAUGCUUCAGCACUUACAUCUGGAUUUCCACGGAGCUGUCAUGAGGGCCUUGGAUGAAAUAGACCAUGAGAGCAAGGACACAUUGGCCAGGGAGGAGCUGAGGCGCGGCCUGAGUGAACUCCCAGCCAUCCGAGACCUUCACCAGGGGAUCCUGGAGGAGCUGAGGGAGAGGCUAUUGCACUGGGAGGACCAGCAGAAGGUGGCCGAUGUCUUCCUGGCCCGGGAGCAGGAGUUUGAUCACCAUGCUGCUCACAUCCUGCAGUUCGACAGGUGUCUGAGUCUACUUAGUGAGAACUGCCUGCAUUCCCCCCGGCUGGCAGCUGCUGUCCGUGAGUUUGAGCAGAGUCAGCAAGGAGGUGGCCAGAACAUGAAGCACCGGCUGCUGCGGGUGGUUCAGCGCCUCUUCCAGUACCAAGUGCUCCUCACAGACUAUUUAAACAACCUUUGUCCGGACUCAGCUGAGUACGAUAACACACAGGGUGCACUGACCCUCAUCUCCAAAGUCACAGACCGCGCCAAUGACAGCAUGGAGCAAGGGGAAAACCUGCAGAAGCUGGUCCACAUUGAGCACAGUGUUCGAGGCCAAGGGGAUCUCCUCCAGCCAGGAAGGGAGUUUCUGAAGGAAGGGACACUGAUGAAAGUAACAGGGAAAAGCAGACGGCCCCGGCACCUGUUCCUGAUGAGCGAUGUGCUCCUAUACACGUAUCCCCAGAAAGAUGGGAAGUACCGGCUGAAGAACACCUUGUCAAUGGCCAGCAUGAAGGUCAGCCGCCCUGUGAUGGAGAAAGUGCCCUAUGCCCUAAAGAUUGAGACUUCCCAGUCCUGCCUGACUCUAUCUGCCAGCUCCUGUGCUGAGCGAGAUGAAUGGCACAGCUGUCUGAGUAGAGCCCUCCCUGAGGAUUACAAGGCCCAGGCUCUGGCUGCCUUUCACCACAGCGUGGAGAUACGGGAGAGGCUGGGGGUCAGCUUGGGGGAGAGGCCCCCCACCCUGGUGCCUGUCACACAUGUUAUGAUGUGCAUGAACUGUGGCUGUGACUUCUCCCUCACCCUGAGGCGUCAUCACUGCCACGCCUGUGGCAAGAUCGUGUGCCGGAAUUGUUCGAGAAACAAGUACCCCCUGAAGUACCUCAAGGACCGGAUGGCCAAGGUCUGUGAUGGCUGCUAUGGGGAGCUGAAGAAGAGGGGCGGGGAUGUCCCAGGCAUGAUGAGAGAGCGGCCCGUGAGCAUGAGCUUUCCCCUGUCCUCCCCACGCUUCUCGAGCAGUGCCUUCUCGUCCGUCUUCCACAGCAUCAACCCCUCAACCUUCAAGAAGCAGAAGAAAGUUCCUUCAGCCCUGACUGAGGUGGCCGCCUCCGGAGAGGGCUCUGCCAUCAGUGGCUAUCUCAGCCGGUGCAAGAAAGGCAAGAGGCACUGGAAGAAGCUCUGGUUCGUCAUCAAAGGCAAAGUGCUCUACACCUAUAUGGCCAGUGAGGACACAGUGGCCAUGGAGAGUAUGCCCCUGCUCGGUUUCACCAUUGCCCCAGAAAAGGAAGAGGGCAGCAGUGAAGUAGGACCUAUUUUUCACCUCUACCACAAGAAAACCCUAUUUUAUAGCUUCAAAGCAGAGGAUACCAAUUCAGCUCAGAGGUGGAUCGAGGCCAUGGAAGAUGCAAGUGUGUUAUAGCAGUUAUCAAGCAUGUGGACUCAGAAUAAACUCUUAGGUUGAUAUGUGGACCCUUCUAGAAGUCGAUCUGUGUCUCCACUCAUUGGGGCUCACAUCUGGAUUCAGCAUGGAGCCUAAUCCUUUUUUGCUGUAACCCCCUCUCUCACCUUCACAAGUGGAACCCUUAAGGAAUAUUUAUGAACCGCUCCUUUUCUGUUCUCGUGUCUUCCACCCACCCGACUCCACCCCAACCCAGCAGAAACUAUUUCCCUACCCAGUAGUGAGUUCAAGUUUAGUAACAUGAAGACAUGGAAACAAUAGAAAAAGUAUGAUGCAGUACUUAGAAAUGCAGGCUUUUUAGUGGAAACAAGCUUUUACAAUUUUUACUGGUGGUAAACAUGAUCACUUGUCAUAGCAUUGACAUCAGUGCCUCAGGUGAAACAAGAAACAACUGGUGAAUAACAGCUACCCUCCUUGAAAGCACUUUAUUGUUUUAUUGAGCUACAACCUUCAGUUUUAUGUUUUCCAAGUGAUUUACUUAAGUAAGUAGCAGAUGGAGCCCCGUGGACUAAUUUGCCACCAGUUCUCAACAAGAGUAUGUACAAGUGAUUUGUGCAAACCUGGCUGGACCUUGCCAAGUGGGCUGGUGAGCGACACUUGGCCUGGGGGGGGUGGGUGGCCGGGCAGGGGGUCCUCCUCGCUGCAGAGGCCACACUGGACUGAAUAAGAUGGCAAGGAUUUUCUCCUCCAUUUGAUCAUGCAACCUGUAUACCGAUAUGACUUAAUAAAGGAAGGACCCCCUCCUUCCUGGGGUGGUCCUCACACUACACCAGUGCUGGAAGCUCAGCUGCUGGCAGACCAGGCCCCCACCCUGUAGGUCGCUGCAAGCCUCUGAAGAGAUAGGGUCUGCUUUAAUUUAUUGUGUGCCUUCCUGUGUCUACCCAACAUGAGCUGACAGCGUUGUCUAUAAGAACCUGUGCUUGUUUUCACCACGGCUAUCCUCCAGCUAUCCUUCGGCUGUACUACCGAAGAGAAAGAGAUAGGAAGAGAAAAAAGAUACAGUCACAAGGUGAAUUAGUGGACUUGACCGGUGGCUCUGGACACAGUGAGGGAGCACAGAAGUAGUGGCUUGAAGAGACUCUCUGGGCACCUGGGGCUCAGCCACUUCCUGCUGAUGACCGCUGCUCAUUUUGCUGGACAAAUUUCUACAUAAAGCAGAAUGGGGGCAGGGCAGGUGGGAUUCCUUGUUACUCUCAUCGAAAUAGAAAAUAAUCAUAUCAUUUUCUGAUGUCCUGUCCCCAUCCUCCUGCUGCCCUGUUCCCUAAACAAAAAGGCAUUUGCUGACAAAUCUUUUGUAAAAAGUACCAUCUCAAGGAGUUAUUUACAUUAAAUAUUUUCAGGGGAAUUUUUUUCCUAGUUUGCAACUUCUCUUUUAAAAUGUUUGCAUUAAACAUCCAAUUAAUGAUUCAAACUAA